AUGAACCCCAACAACUCAUCAUCUUCCGCAUUCCGCCCAUAUCCCGCUCCAACUCCGCAAAUCGCCGGAGCUCGAGAUCAAGGAAUCGCCUAUGUUCGGAACGUCAGAGGUGGACAACAGCGUCGAAUCCAGCCACAAAAUCAUUUCGUUGGACAAAUGAAUCAGCAACAACAGCAAAUCAUUCCCCAACAAUUCGCGGAGCAACAAAGAAUUGCGCAGCAACAAUUUGUUCAGCAACAUCAGCAACACAUGUUGCAAAUUGAACAACAGCAACAACAACUUCGACUUCAACAGCAGCAAAAUGAGAUUUGUUUGCAGCAAACUUUGCAUAAUCAAAGAAUGUUGGAGCAUCAAAUGCAGCAGCAACAAAGACGGCGAUAUCAAAGACAAUUGCCACCGCAAUAUCAAGAAGCGCUUCGUAUGCAGCAGCAACAACAACAAGUUCCUCAACAACAGAAUUUGAAUCCGCCUGUGCCAACAUUUCCAGCAUGGAAUCCACAACCACCGCAACCAGCGUUUCCGAAUUAUCCCGAUAAUGCGAAUAAUGGAGCAGUGGUGAGUUUUUUGAUUUUUUCCAAAAUUUUCGCAACCUCUUCUCGUAUGCAGAAUAACAUUUUGUAAUAAAAAACAUUUAAAAAAUUUUUUCCUAUGCAGAAAAACAAAAGUAGAGACAACGUGGAAUUGAGAGAGUGCAGACAGACAAAUUGAUUUUUCGCACAAAAAAUACAAAAAUCUGUCUGCACUCUCUCAAUUUCACAUUGUCUCCACUCAAAAAUAAUAAAAAAAUAUGUUUUUUUUAUUACAAAAUAUUAUUUUUUAAAUUUUUUCUAUUUUAUAUUUUUGGCAAUAAAACAUAUGCCAACUGUGUUUCAUCUGUUCAAAAAAAAAAUCACAUAUUUUUUGUAGGUUCUUCACAAUCAAAACUUGUAUCCUCCACCGGCUGUUCCAUUUCCAAUGCAUUUUUUGAUGUGGAAUAUGGUGAGUGAUUUUCAAACGGGACCAGAAUUAUCUCUGAUUCUGAUUUCUUUCAGUAUCUCACAAUGAUGUUCUCAAAUACACUUGUGCAACCAAAUCAAUUGACUUUGACACAACAUCCACAUCAACCACAACAACAUCAAGAACAAAAUCAACAACAACAACAACAACAAACAAAUGUUCCACAAAAUGUGACUGUUGAAGUUAUGGUUGAUGAAGAAGAGACAAAAUCAUAUCAAUUGCCGAAAAAACAACCGAGGAAGAGAAAGAAUCAAAGAAUGAAUAAUGGAUGCAAUAAUGAUUAUUUGGUAGGUUUUUUUGAAGAGUUAGGCUAACUAUGAAAAAUUUGAGGAUUAGUAGGUCAAUAUGUAUUAUGUAGAUUGUGAAUUCCGAGAGAAGUACACGGUGUUUAGUGGCUUUGAGGCAUCCCAAGUUUCAAAGACUACAAUGUAGUCUGGAAGACACUGUAGCUCAAACUUUUGAUAUGUCUAACAUUAGGUCUGAACUGAUUAGAGGAAAUCUUUACCAAAAGUUUCUGAAGAAUUUUCAGCCAGGUAAAGUUUUCUACACUAAAAAAAUUAAUUUUUAGUUUUUCUGGUGCAAAAUUGUAAAUUGUUCUAGUCUUGAAAAAUUCUGAUUUCCCGCCUCUAGAGUUCAUCUUGUUCUCGAGAACUACACAAGUUUUUGAAAGUUCAGAAAUUCAGAAACUCAAUUUAUUUUUUGAAUUUUCAAUUUUGUCCACGAGAACUACACAUUUUCAAAUUCCAAUUUUUCGUUAAAAUUACGGUUGCUCAAACAACCGGGUUCUGAGAUUAGUAUUGAUUUUCAGAUGAGUUACAGAAAUAUGUAUACACAAAUAUUCUUUUUUUUCCCAGACACAUCAAUUUUUCUCUCAAAAAUUUAUCUCUCACUACCGUAACCUGACUCUCAUGUUGUUUUCCAUUCAAAUUCCAAACGAAAAAAAAGAAAAAGAAAAGAACAAAGGAGUAUGAAUCAUAGUUCUAUCUCACAAAAAGCUCCUCAAAAAAUAUUCCGCUUUUACUACUGUCUGCCAAAAAAACGAAAGGGAUUGAUUUUUGAAAUAUGUUUUGAAAAAUUCUGGGGAAAAAUUAAUUAAAAAACCAAAAACCAAAGCAUAUUUGUACUCAUUAGCUAUACACUUUUCCCCCUUUUUUUUAUUACAAAAAAAAUAUUCUCGAGACUUUAGAAAACGAUGAAAAUUGUACCUGGAAUUGUAGUAGUACUAUGCCUAAAGCUGCUUUUCUGGGGAGCAAAAAAAAGUGAGAAAAUGUUUUUUUUUUUUGUGUCGGAAUUGGAAAUUUCUUGAGGAAGGGAAGGGGGCAUUAUAUAUUUCACACCAAUUUUUUUCAGUAUAAUAAUAAUUAUUAGAAUAUUCUCAUGACUUGGGUUUUUUCGAAAGUCUGGAAGAGAUUUUGAGGCUUAAAAGGGGGGGGGGGGUGAAAAAAUUUUAAGAAGUUACGGGAACUAGUCAAAAGUGAGAAGCUGAGAGGGCUAGAUAAGGAAUUUUGAAUUAAAGAACAACCAGGGGAGCUCUAAAUUUUUUAAAACUGAAAAAAUUUGAGAGCUUAUUAAUUAAAGUAAUCUUGAAGUUAAGAACCUAUUUUAAAUUACCUUAAACCCUAAAGGAUCUUGAAAUUUAGAAUAACUCCAAAUAAUUUAGAGCUUAAGGCAGUUAUAAUUAAGACGCUUAUUGUUAAUUUGAAAAUUCUCAAAAUUAUUUUGAGACAAACUUAAGGUAACUUAAAAAAGAAAAAUAAUGAUUUAAAAAAAAAUUGGGGAAUUUAAACUCAAACUGAAACUGAGAAACUUCUUUCAAAAUUUCAAGAGAAAUUAGGACAGCUUGAAACAAAAAAGAAAUUUUUCCAGGAUUUCGCCAAACGCCGCUUCAACAACGACGACAACGCUCCACCACCACCAAGAUUCUUUUAG